AUGGAUCGGAUGCUGAGACCCGGCAGGUGUGCCUACAUUCAUGUAUUUUCUGGGUUCUCGUUGCAUGUUCCAAGCAACAUGACCGUGGCUCUAGUUGGAGAGAGUGGCAGUGGGAAGUCGACAGUGAUCAUCCUGUUGGAGAGGUUCUAUGACCCCCAAGCUGGUGAAGUGCUCAUAGAUGGCAUCAACUUGAAGAAGCUACAGCUUGGAUGGAUCAGAGAAAAAAUCGGUCUUGUUAGCCAAGAGCCCAUCUUACUUACAACUACUAUAAUGGAGAAUAUCGCAUAUGGUAAAGUGGGUGCUACAUUGGAAGAAAUCAGAACAGUAACUGAGAUUACUAAUGCUAUAAGGACCUGCAACCCAAACUCCCUGGCUGCCAUCUUGCUCCCGAUGACCGCCAUGGCAGUUGAUAAUCUGGCAUAG